AUGCAAGCUUGUGAAGUGGUGGGGAAGGUCAGUUGUGAUGCGCACUCCUUCAAAGUGACGCCGAUGGAGUGGCAUGAGGUUAUCGUCAUCACUGAUGGCGGUCUCACUAAUGCACCUAAGCGGACUUUUGUUGUGAUCUCACGACUCGGAAUGGGAACAAUCGUCACUGAGGUACUGCAUGCCUUAUCAACUUUGGCACAAGCUGAGCCCGAGGCGACCGCACAAUUCCUCACCCUGAUUCCCACUUAUCAAGAUACGGUUGGCAUCUGCUUCCAUUCGUUGUGUCCACUUUAA